AUGUCAGAUACAGAUCGUCUUAAAAUUGCAUUUUCAAAUCUUGAAAAUAUUUCGCCACAUAAAAUACGUUCACCAUUAUCUCAACCUCGUAGAGCGAGUAUAGCAAUGAUUAUUCGUAUUAGACCUAAAAAUUCAUCGUAUGAACAUGAUAAACUUAAAUCCUCUGAAUCUUCUUCAAAUAUAUCUUCGCAAAUUGAAGAUAAUAAUAAUAAUGACAACGAUUCAAUAACAGAUUUAGAAGAUUUUUGGGAAAUGGAGUGGGUAAAAAAUGGUGAACCAGAAAUCUUUUACAUUAAAAGGGCUUUAAGGGAAGGUGAUCGAUGGAGCGGUCAAAUGGCUUUCCCUGGCGGUAAGCAAGAUACUAAUGAUGUUGAUGAUUUAGAUACAGCUGAAAGAGAGACAUUCGAGGAGGUUGGUUUAGAUCUUGGUAAUCAUAAAUUAUUUAUGUGUAUUGGAGCGUUGGAUGACAGAGAGAUAACUUCAACUUUUGGAAAAAAUUUAUUAAUGGUUCUUUGUCCCUUUGAAUCUCCGCCAAUUGAGAUUUCUGGAUCUGAAGUUGCAUCAACACAUUGGGUACCGCUAUCAAUCUUCUUUAAUUCCGAGAUUACGCAAAAAUGGGAACCGGAAUCGAUAGAUUUAUCUUCAAGGUUGGCGCCGAAAUCUUGGAUAUUACAAAAUAUAUUCAAGACGCUUAUAGGAAGAAUGCAUUUUCAUUGCAUUGGAUUGCCUCAUGUUGAUGUAGAUGGAGUUACUACGAGAAUGUUAAGGUUAUGGGGGUUAACAUUACAAAUGACGAGCGAUUUAAUAGAUAUGAUGUAUCGACAAACCGAAGAACCGCCAAGAAGACUAGAUGCUAAAAGACCAAAAUUUGAUUAUUGGGAU